AUGGCUCAGGCACUGGGAACACCCAUUGCACUGGGAUUGGUGGGCCUAUGCUGGUCUCUGGCUGUUGCCCACCCUCUUCCUCCGGACGGUACUCCAGGGAACAGGACUGAAGGUGGGAGUGGGACCAGAGGGAACCCAGGUGUGACUGAACUCUGCUUGGAUGGCUCGAGCUUUGAUGCUACCACCCUGGAUGAACACGGGGCCAUGCAGUUUUUUAAAGGGGAGUUUGUGUGGAGCAGUAAAAAAUGGGUCCGGGAGUUAAUUUCAGAGAGGUGGAAGAAUUUCACCAACCCUGUGGAUGCUGCAUUCCGCCGUGGUCACAACAGUGUCUUCCUGAUCAAGGGAGAUGAAGUCUGGGUGUAUCCUCCUGAGAAGGAGAAAGGAUAUCCAAAGUUGCUCAAAGAAGAGUUUCCUGGAAUCCCAUCACCAGUGGAUGCAGCUGUGGAAUGUCACCAUGGGGAAUGCCAAGAGGAGGGUGUCCUCUUCUUCAAAGGUAACCAAACGUGGUUCUGGGACUUGGCUACGGGAACCAAAAAGAAGCGUUCCUGGCCAGCUGUCGGGGAAUGCUCCUCUGCCCUGCGAUGGCUCGGCCGCUACUUCUGCUUCCGGGGUAACCAAUUUCUGCGCUUCCACCCUGUCACGGGAGAGGUGCUUCCAAAGUACCCUCUGGAUAUUCGAGACUACUUCAUACCCUGCCCCGGCAGAGGCCAUGGACACAGGAAUGGGACGGGCCAUGGGAAUGGUACCCAUCGUGGCCAUGGAAAUAUGCGCUGUAGCCCACAUCUAGUCUUGUCUGCACUGCUGACCGACAACCAUGGUGCCACAUAUGCCUUCAGUGGGUCCCACUACUGGCGUCUGGACACUAGCAAGGAUGGGUGGCACAGCUGGCCCAUUGUCCAUCAGUGGCCCCAGGGUCCUUCAGCAGUGGAUGCCGCCUUUUCCUGGGACAGUAAAAUCUACCUAAUCCAGGGCACUCAGGUAUAUAUCUUCCUGACAAAGGGAGGCUAUACUCUAGUAGAUGGUUAUCCAAAGAGGUUGGAGAAGGAAUUUGGGAGCCCUCAUGGGAUCAACCUUGAAGCUGUGGAUGCAGCCUUUACUUGUCCAGGGACUUCUCGGCUCCACAUUAUGGCAGGACGGAAGCUGUGGUGGCUGGACCUGAAGUUAGGACCUCAAGCCACAUGGAUGGAGCUUCCUUGGCCCCAUGAGAAGGUUGACGCGGCCCUGUGUAUGGAAAAGUCCCUCGGCCCCAGCUCAUGUUCUGCCCAUGGUCCUGGCUUAUACCUCAUCCAUGGUUCUGAUUUGUACUGCUACAGUGAUGUGGAGAAACUGAGCACAGCCAAGACUCUUCCUCAGCCCCAGAGAGUGGAGAAUCUCCUGGGCUGCAGUCAUUGACAGGAGCGUUCUUGGGAUGAGU